AUGCGUCAGGAAGGAAGACAAGAGUUUGGUAGGACACUGAACAUCCUGAGAAAGAUGAACCAGGACAAUAUCACUGAACAGUUAGACAACAGACACGAGGAUGGCUCAGCUGAAGAGGACAGUGAAGCUGCUCAUCAUGAUUACAGAAAUAUCAGCCGCAGACUGAAAAUCAAAUUACUGCAGGAGUACAAGUCGGGUCAUCUAAAACAUCUGGGAGAAAUGUACACUGAUCUGUAUGUGGUGGAGAAUGUGACCAGAGGAAAGGUUUAUGAACAUGAGGUGAUGAGGAUCGAAGCUGCCCGUCAGUUUGCUGAGACAGACACACAGAUCCAGUGCAAGGACAUUUUUAAAAGCCAUCGUGAUACGGGUGAACAAAACAGGAACGUGUUGACUAUAGGCAUCUCAGGGGUGGGAAAAACUAUCUCUGUUAAUAAAUUUAUUCUUGACUGGGCUGAAGAAAGAGAAAAUCAGGACAUACUCUUCAUAUUUCCACUCCCAUUCCGUAGACUGAAGAUGAUUAGAACUAAGUGCAGUCUCAUGGGACUGCUGAACAAAUACUUCUUUAGUGAUCCUGAAGAACUGUCCUCUCUUCCUGAAGAUGACGGAAAGGUCAUGUUUAUUUUCGAUGGACUGGAUGAGUGUCACUUUCCUUUAAGCUUUAAAAAGGGCAACAGCUUAACAGAUGUGCAUAAAAAAACAACAGUGAGUAAGAUUGUUACAAACCUGAUCAAGAGAGAUCUGGUUUCUUCUGCUCUCAUCUGGAUCACAUCCAGACCAGCAGCAGCCGGUCUGAUACCCCGAGACUACAUUGAUCAGGUGUUAGAGGUGCGAGGAUUCAAUGAUGAGCAGAAAGAGCAGUACUUCAUCAACAACAGCAGUCCUGAGGUUGCUGGAAACAUCAUUCGUCACAUCAGGAACUCCAGGAGUCUGAACAUCAUGUGCCAAAUCCCCAUCUUCUGCUGGAUCUCUCUCACUGUUCUUCAGCCUCCGCUGGCUCGAGAGAGCAAUGACAAAACUCCCACAACUCUCACAGAGAUGUACACUACCUUCUUACUUUCUCAGAAGCAAAAGAUGGAAAGAAAAUAUAACCCGGAACUUAGACCCCAAGUCAAGUCAUUUGAUCAGACUGUUCUGAAGCUUGGGAAAUGGGCAUUUAAACAGUUACAGAAAGGAAAUCAGAUUUUCUACCAAGAAGAUCUUGAGGAGUGUGGACUAGAUGUCAGUGAAGGGUCAGUGUUAUCUGGGUUAUGCACUCAGAUCUUUCAGGAGGAAAAAUCUGUGUCAGAAAGAAAGGUUUACAGCUUCAUACAUCUUAGCGUCCAGGAGUUCCUCGCUGCUCUUUUUGUGUUUUUUAAAUAUAAAUGCAAUGGAAGGAAUGCCUUUCUUCAGUCUGAGAGAAUAAACUUGACAUUGAGACGCUCCAAAGCAGCAUUACUUGACGUUCACAAGGCUGUGAUUGACAAAGCUUUACAAAGUCAAAAUGGACACCUAGACCUUUUCCUCCGGUUCCUGCUGGGUCUCUCACUGGAGUCCAGUCAGAAGGACCUGAAGGAGCUGCUGCCAGAACUGAAACUGAAACCAGAGAAUCUCAAAGGCACUGCAGACUAUAUCAAAAACACAAUAGAGAAAGAGAAAUCUGUGGAGAUGAUUAUCAAUCUCUUGUACUGCCUGGAUGAAAUGAAAGAAGACUUUGCAGAGGAAAUCCAGAAUGAUCUAAGCUCUGGAAAUCUUUCAGCACAGCGUCUCUCAUCAGCUCAGUGGUCAGCUCUGGUUUUCAUACGCAUGAUGUCAGGAGCACAGAGAUUGCCGGUGUCCACCAGAAGACUAUUGUAA